UCGCUCUCACAUUCACACACUGGUGGAGGCAAGCUACAGUUGUAGCCACAGCUGCCCUGGGGAAGACUGACAGAAGUGGGGCUGCCAUAUCACGCCAUCGGCCCUUCUGGCCAACACCAAUAGGCGGUAGGUGAAGUGUCUUGUCCAAGGACACAAUGACAGAUAUUUAAGAUCCAAGGCAAUACGAAACAGGUGCUGGUAACAAUGGCUCUCCAACAGUUCGUGUGCAGUUUCACAUUGGUGAUCAUCUUCUUAUGCAAAGAAUGUGGGAGCAAGCCUGGGAACAGCAGCAGCAUUAUCACAGGUCAAGAUGCAACACCAGGAAGUUGGCCCUCGUAUGCUGCUAUAGUUAUAGUUGGAUUUCAGUUUGGAGGGUCUCUGAUCAACGACCAGUGGGUGCUGACAGCUGCGUCCUUCAUUCCACUUGACACACUAACAGAGUGGGUUCCAACUGUGUAUCUGGGAGGUUACAACCUGUCAGGUUCAAACCCAAAUCAAGUGAAUCGAACAGUGGAAAACAUCAUCUGCCAUCCUGAAUUCGACUUCACAACUCUUGAGAACGACAUAUGUCUUCUGAAGCUGUCAGCUCCUGUGAAUUUCACAGACUACAUUCAGCCGAUCUACUUACCCUCAGAAAACAGAACUUUCAACAACGAGCGCAGCAGCUGGAUUAUCGGUUUGGUUUAUAAUAGUGAUGGUACUUUCACCAAAACCCUGCAGGAGGCAAAAGUACCAAUAGUGGAAAACAAUGAGUGCAAAGGCAUCUUUCAAGGGAGCUAUCCCAAGAUUACAGAGAACAUGAUCUGUGCUGGAGACAACGAUUCAUGUUUGUUUACGUAUGGGGCGCCACUCAUGACCAAAAGUGAAUCAGUCUGGCUCCAGAGUGGAGUUUUGAGUGUCAGUGCAUGCGGUGCAUUUCCUUCAGUCUUCACUCGUGUGUCCCCAUACCAGAAAUGGAUCAGUGACACAGUUACAGGGACAGCACCAAGGUUUGUCACCUUCACCUCCCCAGACAAUUCAACAUCACCAACAACCACUGCUCCAAAGAUGUGACAGUGUGUCUCGCUGUGGUGAAAACCUGAUCCACUUCACUCACUUCACUGAAGUCUGUGUUCUUGUUGUGUUGCUCCACGUGUUUGCUGGAACUGUUGGGAAGUAGAUCAACACAUUUACUCAAGUUGUUUCCAUACAAACAUGAAGUACUUUACCUGACAUUUUAUAACUUCAAGAUGAACACUAGCCUUUGAUUCUACUAUAUUUGGGCCAACAGUUUUGUUUUUCUUUAGCAACUUUAUCAUUUUAAUCUGGAUUUUCUUUUCUAUAUGUCUAUCUGGAUUUGCUAUACUUUCUUUAAAAUAUUUUAGUUACCUAAUCAUUGUCAUUAAGAAAUCAAUCCUUUCUUAAAUAAUAU